UUUAAAUCUUCCUGAGUCCCUUUUUAAAAACAGAGAGAACAACUAGAUAGUAAAACCAAGAACCUACGGGCAGCAUUUACAGUAAGACUAGUUAAGAAGUUUUCCUCGGGUCUCAUUGAACAUGGUGGCAGCUCCUGGGUCUUCUGUGUGUCCUACCUAAUCUGUGCCAGCUCUACGAGUAAGCAACCAUGUCUAAGGGACCUGCGGUUGGUAUUGCUCUUGGCACCACCUACUCUUGUGUGGGUGUCUUCCAGCAUGGAAAAGUAGAGAUAAUUGCUAAUGAUCAGGGAAACCAGACCACUCCAAGUUAUGUUGCCUUUACUGACACAGAACGAUUGAUUGGUGAUACUGUGAAAAAUCAAGUUGCAAUGAACCCCACGAACACAGUUUUUGAUGCCAAGCGUCUGAUUGGACGCAGGUUUGAUGAUGCUGUUGUCCAGUCUGAUAUGAAGCAUUGGCCUUUCGUGGUGGUGGAUGAUGCAGGCAGGCCCAAGGUCCAAGUAGAAUACAAAGGAGAGACAAAAAGUUUCUAUCCAGAGGAGGUGUCAUCCAUGGUUCUGACAAAGAUGAAGGAAAUUGCAGAAGCCUAUCUUGGAAAGACUGUUACCAAUGCUGUGGUCACAGUAUCAGCUUACUUCACUGAUUCUCAGCGUCAGGCUACCCAAGAUGCUGGAACUAUUGCUGGUCUCAACGUUCUUAGGAUUAUAAAUGAGCCAACUGCUGCUGCUAUUGCUUAUGGCUUAGACAAAAAGGUUGGAGCUGAAAGAAAUGUGCUAAUCUUUGACCUUGGAGGUGGCACUUUUGAUGUGUCAAUCCUCACUAUUGAGGAUGGAAUCUUUGAGGUCAAAUCUACAGCUGGAGAUACUCACUUGGGUGGCGAAGACUUUGACAACUGAAUGGUCAACCAUUUUAUUGCUGAGUUUAAGCACAAACAUAAGAAGGACAUCAGUGAGAAUAAAAGAGCCGUCCAUCGCCUCUAUACUGCUUGCGAACGUGCUAAGUGUACUCUAUCUUCCAGCACCCAGGCCAGUAUUGAGAUUGAUUCCCUUUAUGAAGGAAUCGACUUCUAUACCUCCAUUACCCGUGCCCGAGUUGAAGAAUUGAAUGCUGAUCUGUUCUGUGGCACCCUGGACCCUAUAGAGAAAGCCCUUCGAGAUGCCAAACUAGACAAGUCACAGAUUCAUGACAUUGUCCUGGUUGGUGGUUCUACCCGUAUCCCCAAGAUUCAAAAGCUUCUCCAAGACUUCUUCAAUGGAAAA